CGGUUGCCGGGGCGCUUUACGGCCCGGCGAUGGCGGAGGGCGAGCGGGCGGAGCGCGGCGGGCCCGGGCGGCCCCCGCGGGAGGCGGGCGCCGAGGAGCGCGCGGAGGCGCUCAAGACCCGCGCCAACGAGUACUUCAAAGGCAAGGACUACGAGAACGCGGUCAAGUUCUACAGCCAGGCCAUCGAGCUGAACCCCGACAAUGCCAUCUACUACGGGAACCGCAGCCUGGCCUACCUGCGCACCGAGUGCUACGGCUACGCCCUGGCCGACGCCACGCGCGCCCUCGAGCUUGACAAGAAGUACGUCAAGGGCUACUACCGCCGCGCCGCCAGCAACAUGGCGCUGGGCAAGUUCAAGGCUGCGCUGAGGGACUACGAGACGGUGGUGAAGGUGAAGCCCAACGAUAAGGACGCCAAGCUGAAGUACCAGGAGUGCAACAAGAUUGUGAAGCAGAAAGCCUUCGAGCGGGCCAUCGCCAGCGACGAACACAAGCGGUCCGUCGUCGACUCCCUCGACAUCGAGAGCAUGACCAUCGAGGACGAGUACAGUGGCCCCAAGCUGGAGGAUGGGAAGGUGACGCUGGCCUUCAUGAAGGAGCUGAUGCAGUGGUACAAGGAUCAGAAGAAACUCCACAGAAAAUGUGCCUACCAGAUCCUGGUGCAGGUGAAGGAGGUGCUCUCCAAGCUCCCCACGCUUGUAGAAACCACGUUGAAAGAGACAGAGAAGGUGACCGUGUGCGGGGACACGCACGGGCAGUUCUACGACCUGCUCCACAUCUUCGAGCUCAACGGGCUGCCGUCCGAAACCAACCCCUACAUAUUCAAUGGGGACUUCGUGGACCGCGGCUCCUUCUCGGUGGAGGUGAUUCUCACCCUCUUCGGCUUCAAGCUCCUCUACCCCGACCACUUCCACCUGCUCCGAGGGAACCAUGAGACAGACAACAUGAACCAGAUCUACGGCUUCGAGGGUGAGGUCAAGGCCAAGUACACGGCCCAGAUGUUCGCCCUCUUCAGCGAGGUCUUUGAGUGGCUGCCGCUGGCUCAGUGCAUCAAUGGUAAAGUGCUGAUCAUGCACGGGGGGCUCUUCAGCGAGGAUGGGGUGACGCUGGACGACAUCCGGAAGAUUGAGAGGAACAGGCAGCCCCCAGACUCAGGCCCCAUGUGUGACCUGCUGUGGUCUGACCCCCAGCCCCAGAACGGGCGGUCAGUGAGCAAGCGCGGCGUGAGCUGCCAGUUUGGGCCAGACGUGACGCAGCGCUUCCUGGAGCGCAACCGGCUGGACUACGUCAUCCGCAGCCAUGAGGUGAAGCCUGAGGGCUAUGAGGUGGCCCACGACGGCAAGUGCAUCACUGUCUUCUCUGCCCCCAACUACUGCGACCAGAUGGGCAACAAGGGCUCCUACAUCCACCUGCGAGGCGCCGACCUGCGGCCCGAGUUCCACCAGUUCACAGCAGUGCCUCACCCCAACGUCAAGCCGAUGAUGUACGCCAACACAUUGCUGCAGCUGGGCAUGAUGUAGCCUCCCCGUCUCCCUGCCGUGCCCCCCCGGCCAGGCCCCAGCCUGAGGGGGCAAUGUCGUUAGUUUUUUUUAAUAUAUUGGACAGAUUAUAUUUAUUCCCAGGCUCCUCUUGCCCCCCACCCAGCAGAGGGGCAGCUGGAGGGGGGGCCAAGCCAGGCUGCCUUGGGGGUGGGGGGGGGGAGUAGGGGGCAUGGGGGGGGCACUGGGGCUCGUCUUCCCUCUCACGCUAAGGCCAAGGCGGGGCGAGCAACAGAGCCAGUCUGGUGCUCCCCACAUCUGCCCCCAGCUUCUGGAAGCAAUAGGCCCCUGUUGGGGGCAGGGUUUCCAUGGGGGGAGCAGAGGGGAGGGGACUGAAAUUCUCAGGAUGCUUAUCCCCCCUCGCCCCCCCCAGCUUCCCCUGCCUCUCCCUUGGGGGGGGAUUCAGGGUACCCCCCACUUUAUUUUGGUGCCAGACAUGGACAAGAGAAACCCGGGGCGAGCCAGGAGCUCUGGGGGACCCUGUGCUGCCCCCCCAGGGCAGUGGAGGGGCAUUAUACAGCCAGGGCCCCGGUGCUGCCCCCCCUGGGCAAAUGGGGGGGUUAUACAGCCAAGGCCCUGGUGCUGCCACAUCCCCGCGCUGUUUUACUGUCUGUAAUUAAUUAAAAGAUGUUAAAAUAAAGUAAUUAUUGUAAGACUGGC